GCGAACUAAUUACUUUGGUUAGAGAAACUGCCUAUGAUAACAGGGAGUUAAGGGAGAUUAGAAGAAUGGAAAACGAGCGCAGGGCGAGGGAAGAACAGGAGAGAUUAGCGAAGGAAGCAGAGACUAAGAGGGCGGAAGAGGAUGCCAGGAAAGAAGCGGAGAAAGAGGCACGAUUAGCUAAGAUGAUGAACGAAAGGUGGAGUGAGAUGGAAAAGAAGAGGGAGGAAGAUAAUAAAAAGUUGUGGGAAAAGCUCGAGAAAUAUAAGGGCACAGAGGUGGUUGAAGGAGACAAGGCAAAUGCGGAGAACAAGAAAAGAGGACAGGACGAAAUGGCAGGAGCUGCCACAGGCCAACCCUCGACCCCUCGACAGAGGGUGAAUGAAAUGGGAGCACUCAACGCCGGGCUGCUGCUAAUGAAUAUUGAUUCUGUCCAGCGAGCGCAGGCACAGCAGAAUAAGUUGAUGGAACGGCAGCAGGCGCAGCAGAAUGCCAUGUUCGAGCGGAUGAUGGGAAUGCUUGAGAGAUUUGAAGCAUCCCAUCGUGCCAACUCCGCUGUUGCACCACCUUUUCAGACCGCACCUAGCGGCAGUACCCACAUUGAACCUACGCCGGUCACUCGGAGCAGGGCACCUCCCCCUGCAAGCAUUCCUGUCCAGGAUAGGCCAGGACCGUCUGGAACACAGACACCGGCCGCUGGCAGGACAACGGGCCGCCUUGCCGAAGUUUUUGCUUCAGUAGAAGGGACAGCGAGACGCAUGUCUGGUAGUCUAUCUGCUGUUGGAUUGGGGACUCCACCGGGUCUGGGAUUUGAUCGUGUUAGAGAAGGGAGGAAAGCUGUGGUGGCCAAUCCAGGACCGGACGGAGGAAGACAGUAUCGGGAAGAUAUGGAGAAGGAACUGACGGCGAAGUAUAAGCAAGAACUCGUGGAGCUCUGCAACAAAGACAAGAUUAAGUAUCAUAAUAAGAAGCAGGCGGUUGCUGACCUUACAGCAAUAAGAGUUCGAGAUGCCUAUGGGGAGGAAGGAGAGGAGGAUGACCAUGUAGAAGAAACAACGGAAGAGACCCAAGAAGAGAACCCUUCUUGAGUCCCAUUGUAACCCUGAUUGGCUAUGGGACCGGAUCCGGAGGAUCCGUGAAAUAAGAAGAAGGAAGGAGCUGUGCGGCGAGAAAAAGCAGUUACUGGAACAGUACUUGAGACUGUUCGUGUUACUGUUGAUAGUGUUUGGGCAGAUCACAUGGGGAGAGAAAUUUCUCAACCAAUGGCUUGACUCUGUGCGGGGAGGCUAUGAUGUCUGCAAAGGGGAUGGUUGUUGUGUGUAUGUAUGUCUUGAUAUCCCCCUGGUUUAGGGCCACAUACAUAGGAUCCACAAGUAGGGGCGUUUCGGAAAGAUGGGAUGAGCAUGUGUUGUCAGGGAGGCACCUUGAGAAUAGACGCAAUCACAAG